AUGACCAACGAAGAAAUUCCUCCGAAAACCCGUCGGGGAGAUGAAUCGAGGGGCAUGGUGAAGUCAAUCGGUGAGAUCUUUUCCGAUGGGGUCGAGCUUAAAGUCUACGAAUUGGCUCUAGAUGAGCCCCAAGACCUAACUUUACGCUUUUCUCUGUUUGGCCACGUUAGAAGCUGCAAAGAAGAAAAAGAUGACGAUGAAAAAGAAGAAAAAGAAAAAGCACUUGACAACUCUACUCCUAAUGUGUUUCCAAUUGAGAUAGAAAAAAGAAAGAAAAUUGUAAAUCAAUCAUAUAUGUCAGUUGAAUGUGUUUCCUUCUGUAGACGUUAUCUCGACCGCAUUGGGGAAACAAAGUAUUUGAUGGCACUAAAGAAUUUGUGUGAUGCCGGUAUUGUAAACCAAUCAUAUAUGUCAAGUCCAUCCCGAUUUUGUACUGUAACUUUGCAGGCAUGCCCUCCCGUUUGCGAUGUUAAGGGCAGCUAUAUAUCGCAAUUUGACCACACAAUCUUGCCUCGCUCAACGUUCAAAGAAGUCAUAUCGAGAGGUGAUGACUACUGA